AUGUGGAUUAACAAUAAUAACAACAACAACAAUAAUAAUAUUAAUGAAGAAGAAAAACUAAGAGGAACAUCAACAACAACAACGUUAUUAUCUACAGAUAAAGAUAAUCAACAAAAUUUUAAUUUAAAUAAUCAAUUUUCUAAUCAUCAACAACAACAAAAUAAUAACCAUUUAUGCCCAAUUUAUGAACAACAAAGAGGAAUACCAACAAAUUUACAACAAAAACAACAACAAAAUUUAAAUAAUUCUGGUAUUCAUAAACACCAACAAAUGGCUAAUAAUGUGCCUUCUGGAAGAUAUCAGGUAAAUUUAAGGAAAAUAUGUAUUUAG